AAUGAGAGGGAAAGAGAUGGAAGCACUGGCAACAAUUGUAUACCUCUGCUCAAUCGUCGUAGCUACGGCCAUGCCGGCGGUGGGUUGCAUUGUUGAAUCACCGGAAGGGGUGGCAAAAUGGUUCCAAAACUUGGGCCAUAGGAAGGAAAAGUUAACGACGUUUAAGUUGUAUUUGCAUGACCAGGUGAGUGGCAAGAAUCCAACUGCAGUUGUAGUGGCCCGAGCCAACUUCACUAGCAAGACUCCCGCCCCCACCCCGUUCGGGACAAUCAUCGUGAUCGACGAUCAAUUGACAGUUGGGCCCGAACUCAACUCUAAAGUCAUGGCCCGGGCCCAGGGGAUUUAUCUAUCGGAUGGGCUAGAGGAAUUUGCUCUAAACAUGAAUUUCAACUUUGUCUUCACGAGUGGGAAAUACAAGGGUAGCACUCUUAGAGCCCGUUUCAGAACACUUUCUUAA